AUGCAGAUGUGGACAAAGUAUAAGCUGUUUGUUGGUAACUUGUCAUGGACGGUAACUUCAGAGUCAUUAGCUGGAGCGUUUAGGGAAUGUGGAGAUGUGGUUGGAGCUAGAGUUGUGUUCGAUGGAGAUACAGGGAAGUCACGAGGUUAUGGCUUUGUGUGUUACUCUUCUCAAGCGGAAAUGGAAACCGCGCUUCAGUCUCUUGAUGGGUUUGAGCUAGAAGGACGUGCGAUUCGAGUGAAUUUGGCUCAAGGGAAGAAAUACUGA